UAUUAGUCAUUGUUACUUCUUGAUGUUCUUUGGGUGGAGUUUUUUGUUCAGUUUGUUUCUUCACUUUAUCUAACUAAUCAGCUUUUUUCCUUGUUGAAUUUUGUUCUCUGUCACAAUUAACACUCAACUUAAUUUUCUUCUAAUUGUGUGUUGUUUAAUCAAAGUGAAUCAUAAUCUUCUCAAUGUAAUUAUUGGUGUAAUGUUGUUCUCUCUGUGUUGGUGAUUCAUCUCGAAAUUUGUUCUUAAUUCUUUUUUUCUUCUUUCACAAAAACAAGAAACAACAUCCGAUGUGCGUUAAAAGCUUAUUUUAUAUAUGAUUUUUUUUUCUUCUUCUCUAUUUUGUUACCUUCUAAUUACAUUGACACACAAAUAGACUUUGUAGUUAUAUUUAUAUUUAUAUUUGAAAAUGAUUUCUUCUACCCUGACCCGUGCCAUAAUUUCAUGGAUUUUGAUAAUAUUGACUGUUACUAUUUGUGUUACCCAUUCACUGUCUACGGAACCUCCAUCCAUUACCAAACAACCCAAACACCAACAGCUUUUCCAGGUGGCUUCACCUGCAGAUGAAGCUGUUAAACCAUUUGCCCUUGAAUGUGAGGCUACCGGUAAUCCUGAGCCUAAAUAUAGUUGGGUUAAAAAUGGAGUUAAAUUUGAUCCAGUUGCAUAUGAUAAAAGAAUUUCUCAAACAUCUAAACGAGGUUCUCUUACAUUCUCUCAACCUGAUAGUUUAGAUGAAGGUUUAUAUCAAUGUUUUGCGGAAAAUAUUCAUGGUACCGCUGUUUCGAAUGCUGUUUUCCUUCGUAAAUCUGAAUUAGCCUCGUUUCCGGAAACAGAUCCAGAGGUUCUUAAUGUAAUGGAAGGUGCCCCUCUUACAAUUGACUGUAAUCCACCCACAGGUUAUCCUAAACCAACCAUCUAUUGGAUGGUUCAAUCAAGAACCGGUGCUUUAUAUACAAUUAAUAGUUCACGUUUAACUGUUGAUCCCGAUGGUAAGUUACACUUUUCCAAUGUAACACAAGACGAUCAACUUCAUGACAAUGGUGCCUAUACCUGUAGUGCAACAUCUCAUUUUCGUAGUGAAUAUAAAUUUGGCCGUAAAGUUUACCUUAGGGUUACCCCUUCAGGUAGCUCAGGUCUUUCAAGCCAUCAUCCCGAACUUCAAUAUACUUCACCGCCUAGUGUUUCAGCUUUAAGAGGAGCCAAUCUAGAGUUACAUUGUAUUUACGGGGGAACACCUUUACCUGAUAUUAUUUGGCGUAAAAGAGGCUCACCAAUAGCUGGUAAUCAUUAUAAUUACAUUAAUCAUGGUAAAACACUUCAAAUAUCAAAAGUUGACUUUGAAGAUGAAGAUACUUACGUUUGUACAGCUUCUAACGGUGUUGGUCAAGUAAUGACUCAUUCAACUCGAGUACAGGUAUUAGCUGCUCCUUAUUGGAAGAAAGUUCCAAACAAUACUGUUGCAGCUGAAGGUGAAACUGUCACAUUUACCUGUGAAUCAAGUGGUAUACCUGAUCCAAAGUUACAAUGGUUGGUUAAUGGUAAACCUUUAGAUGAGGCUCCACCCAAUAAUCGAAGAAAAUUGAAAGGUACCACUUUAACUAUCGACAAUUUGAUUAAAACAGAUACUGCUGUUUUCCAGUGUAAUGCUUCAAAUGUUCAUGGAUAUGCUUUUAAAAAUUUCUAUCUCAAUGUGUUGGCACUUCCUCCAAGAAUUAUUGAAAAACCCGCUGAAGUUACAAAAGCGGUUGCCACUCAAACAGCUAUCCUACGAUGUCGGGUAUUUGGUGCACCCAAACCAGAGGUACGAUGGUUACGUGAUGGAGUUGAACUUACUGGUGGUGAUUAUGAAAUUUUAGACGAAGGUGACCUUAAAAUUAAAGAUCUCAAGUAUGAUUAUGUUGGUAAAUAUGUUUGCCAUGCGGUUAAUAAACUUGGUGAAGCAAAGGCUGAAGGUACAUUGGAAGUUAAAUCAAAAACUGAAAUAAUUAGUCCACCUGAAGAUAUUGAAGUUGCUGCUGGUAAAGUAGCAGUUUUACGUUGUACCGCUCGUGCCGAUUCCUCUCUUGAUCUUCAAAUUGUUUGGUCAUUUGCUGGUCGUGAUAUUGACUUUGAACAAAAUCAACGUAUGGUUAAAGCAGCUGAUAAUUCAUUGAGUAUUUUAAAGACUCGAGAAUUGGAUUCAGGUGAAUACACAUGUACAGCUAAAACCAUAUUAGACUCAGUCUCUGCCAAAGCUACUCUCACUGUUCCUGAUGUACCCAAUGCACCUCAAAUUGUUUCAAUUAAAUGCGAUAAAUCAACUGCCAGAAUUGAAUGGAAAGCAACCGGAGACAAUAGAGCUCAAAUUCUUCAAUAUAUAAUCCAAUAUAAUACAAGUUUCACUCCAAACGUUUGGGACGAUCAUUAUAGUCAUGUUCCAGCUCCUGAUACAAUUUUCCAAGUUUCUAUUUCUCCUUGGGCUAAUUACACUUUCCGUGUGAUUGCGGUUAACAAAAUAGGUAAAAGUAUUGCCUCUAAACAUUCAGAAAUGUGUACCACCGAUGAGGAUAUACCUUAUAAUAACCCAAGGAACAUGAAAGGUUGGGGAGAUGCUCCAGAUAACAUGAUAAUUUCAUGGACUCGAAUGGAACAGAUUGAACAUAAUGCUGGAUUUUAUUAUAAAGUCUGGUGGAAACGUGAUGACCUGCCAAUGGCGCAGUGGGAAAAUAAAGUUAUCACUGACUGGAGACAAGAUCGUUUAAAAAUUUCCAAUACUCCUACAUAUAAACCAUACCGGAUAAAAGUGGAGGCACACAAUUCAAGAGGACAGGCUCACACAGUUGCACCGGAAACAAUUGGUUACUCUGGAGAAGCUAAACCGUCCAAAAGACCAGAAAAUUUUCACCUUCUCCGAACCUAUGAUUGGCAAACUGCUGAAUUUGCCUGGGACAGUGUACCGGAAGAUAGUAUUAAUGGCCGAUUUGAAGGAUAUAAGAUAAUUAUUUGGAAUGAUCGUGAUGGUCUCGAAAAGAUGAGAGAAGUUAAAAUGCGUUCCAAUAUCACUCGAACCAAAAUAAACAUUCUCAAACCAAAUACUCUUAAUAAAGCUCAAGUUAUGGCUUAUAACACCAUGUACAAUGGUCCAGGUUCCGAUAUAAUAUCAAUUAAAACGGAAGAAGGACCACCAGGACCAGUAACCAAUUUCGAUGCUAUUCCUAUGGGAAAAAGUGCUCUCUAUCUUCUUUGGAAUCAACCGGAAGAGCUUAACGGUGAACUCAAGGGAUAUAAAAUCUCUUACCGAGAAGUAAUUGGCACAGAAUUGGGUGAUAUCAUUUCCCGAGAUCCAAUAACCAAUUUAAUGUACCUCAAAUAUAAGCUUGCAGGUCUCAAGCCAGCAACAAAGUAUCGUAUAAGCAUUAAAGCUUUCACUAAUGGCGGUGAAGGUGAAGAAUAUUAUAUUGAGAAAAGUACCACUGGUAAUGAAAGUUCAACCAUUCCCGAUGAACCUGAUUUUGAUUACAGGUUAGAAGAGAAAGAUGGGACCGCCGUCCGUGUUAUUUGGGUCCCUCCUUUACGCUCUGGAAAACCUGGAAGUUCUUUCUAUGUACAAUACCGUAGAGAAGGUGAAGCAACUUAUAAAAGUACUCCCAAAGAAGUUGACAAAGAGUAUAUUUACCUGGAAGGAUUAGAUCCAAAUUAUAAUUAUGAAGUUCGCGUUGUUUCCGUUGAUGGUGAACAUCAAACACCAAGUCGAGUGAAACCAAUUUCACUUUCAGAUGAAGUACCAUUGGGUUUCAACAGCAGCUAUGACAACCGUCUAAGUGAUGUUGAUUGGCUUAUUGGUAUGUUAUGUGCAAUUGCUUUGGUCAUUGUAUUGACCAUCGUCGUAUGUAUCGUUAAGCGUAAUCGUGGAGCAAAAUACUCUGUCCAUGAAAAAGAAGCCAAAAAAGGUCGUGAAUUAGAUUAUGGUGACCAUGAAGGCUUCAGUGAAUAUUCAAAACCGUCUAAUGCCCACUUAGUUAGUCGAGCUUCACUCAAUAGUAAAUUUAACGAAGCCGAAGACACCGAUUCAAUGACUGAUUUCGGUGAAGACGAAAGUUCCAAGUUUGAAGAAGAAGGAUCUUUUAUCGGACAAUAUGGAGCUAAAUCAACCACCUCACAAGUCCAAUCUCCCACCGGAGUGGCAACUUUUGUUUAAUGUUCUAAAACCUAAGAAAAGCAAAUGAAGCCACGGAAAAUUAGAUGAGAACAAAAAUUAUAUCUUAUACGCAUAGAGAGUAUAGAGCGAGAGAAAGAAAGAGAAUUUAAUCAAGAUUGAAUUGAUUUAGAUAGAAAGUAAUGAACAAAUGUAAUCACAAUUAGAAGAAAAAAAAAAGUUAUCUCUCUAUGCGCGAUUGAUACAAUUUUUGUUCUCAUCUCAUUUUUCGUGGCUGUAUAUCUCUCCCUUACUCCUUCACCUUCUCAUUAAUCAACUAUUUACAACACACUCCAUGUAAUAUAUUAUUUAAUUAUGCACAAAACAAACUGUAAUUUAAAAUUGAAUCUCAAUAAUAUUGCAUAUGCUGAAAUAAAAUUGGAAAGAAAACUUUGUACCAAAUCCAUUAUCACAA